AUCGCACUAUAGUAUGUAUUGCGUCGAAGGAAGAAAGGAAUUUGAAAAGAGAAUUCCGCCGCGAUAAUUGUGGCGCGUUAACAUUAUAAACGGAUUAUUUGUUGCGCGCGGCGUAUUCUGUUAUCACAGAAAAAUGGCAUUUACGUUCGGGAGUCCAGCAGUCACCACAAGUAGCACCGGGUUUGGAUUUGGGACGCAAAAAUCAGCAACAGGUUUCGGUGUAGGUAACACGUCCUUUGGUACACCCACAACGUCCGGUACAUUAACGUUUAAUGCUCUCUCCACUCCGACGACGUCGAUAAAUUUCGGAUUUAGUUCUGCGUCGACUACGCAAGCACAGCCCAGCAGUCUUUUAGGAUCCAAUGUAGCUACUACGAUGACUACCGCACCUAGUCUAUUUCCAACUGCUACGUCUGCACCUUUAUUUACGGGUCUUAGCUUUGGCACGCCCGCUACAACGAGCACUUUAACGUUCGGUGCGCCGUCUAGUACGCCAGCAACGGGAGGUUUAACUUUUGGCACAGCCACUACCAAUACUUCUUUAUUUGGCUCUGGAGCUGGAAGUACCUUGUUAGGGGCUAAACCAACGAUCGCUGUCACUACUACGACCAAUACGAAUAAAGGACUCGGUGGUUUAGAUGUUUCCAUCAGCAAUAAGGGUCUCUCUCAAGGAAACAGCAGUUCAACAGCUGCCAAAGAGAAUCUACUGCCAAAUGAGCUUAUGCAAACGAUAGAUAAAUUCAAAGAUUUUGUAAAGGUACAGAAGGGCCUAUCUUCCGAUAUCGCAAGAGGUUCGUCGAGACCUUUAAAUCGAUGUGCGGAGGACACGGCGUCCUUGAUGGAAAUGUUAUCCACAUUAUCCGGCUCGGUGCAGAGGGAUCGCUCAUCGGCCGAUAAACUGAAGCAGGACACGGCAAAGGCGUUGCAGAGCGCGGAAAUAGCUCAGAGAACUCACGACACUCCGCCGGGCUUGCAGUACGAGAAUAACGCGCCCCUUCAGUUCUUCAUGGAGUUGGCCGAAACUUUCGAGCAAGAUUUGAUGUUGUUUAGAUCACAAAUCGAGACGACGGAGAAGCACAUACAAACCAUGAUGGCGCCGAGAACAUUAACGCCACAGGAACUGGCACUCGCGAUGAGUAAACUGCACGAGUCUCUAGUCACGGUAGCUGGCCGAUUACAGGGCAUACACGCGAAGGUGCAGCAACAGAAAGAGCAAUAUCUCAAUUUCAGGAAAUACGUGCUGAAGGACAACACGAAUGUCUUCGAUAGCAUCAGAGCGAACAGUAAAACUAGUCGAAGUAGCAUCGGCAAGAUCACCAGUGGUCCUACUCCUUUCGGACCAGGAAAUAAAAGUUUUUUAUCGUCGACGGCAUUAAACUCAAACCGGCCGGCGAGUUACGAAACACGAAAUCCCUUAGGUCUUGCGUGGAUCUAGUUAUGAGGUAGAACUUUACUAACAUAUAACGCCGUUUUUACUACUACUACUAAAUAGAUUUAACGUGUUUCAUGAUUUAAUAAAAUUAUUUUGCUCGUUUCUUUUCCUUCUAAUUUAACCAGUAAAAUUUCACUUUUCCUUUAUGAUUUAUCUCUGACUUUGCCUAUCGCGAAGGAAAGUAAGGGCUAUUCUUUUAAAUAUUUGAAAUAUCCAAUUCUUAUAAUUUCUCUUUAUACUGUCGGUCAUGGGGGAAAAAGUAACACGCUUGUUUGCCUAUAUAAGUCUAUAAAAUAACCAGUUAUUUUCCGUAUGAAGGAUUACGUCAAUAUCGUUGAUCUUUUGUAUACUUUGCAUUAGGGUGCCAAAAGAUUUAACUUUAGGAUCAUGUUUUCUUAACAGAUAAUAGUGCCUUUUAUAUGUACAUGCUUGGAUUGCUUUUAGCUUUGCCAAUGUUAUGGAAUAAUACUUGCGGAUAUGAAUAUUUAUUUAUCAUAGAAAAUAAUUGUUGUUACAGAUCCGUUACAGAUGUGAACGAAAUUUUGUAGGAUGUGUACAAAAGAUAUUAAAGGUACACACUUGCAACAUUUCAACUGAUUUUGGGACAGAAACUUUUGGAAAUGUUUCGUUGGAAAAAUUUAAAGUGCUGCAAAAGAUAACAGAAAUUAAAUCAAAUAUUAAAAACAUUGGCUGUUAAUUCAAAAAUAAACGAUACAAA